GGCCGCGCCGAACACUUCGCUGCGCGAGCGCAUUCCACUCGCGGCCUGCCUGCCUGCAAUUGUACGCACAAUGCCAGACCUGAGUGGAAAAGUGGCCGUGAUAACGGGUGCUUCGUCGGGCAUCGGGGAAGCCACGGCUCUACGUUUCGCCUCCCAUGGCUGCUGGCUCGCGCUGACUGCAAGGAACAAAAAAGCAUUGGAAAGCGUGGCUGAGGCGUGCUGCUCGAAGGGGAUUCCCCAAGACAAGGUGCUUGUGGUGCCCGGUGAUAUCACAGUCGAGGAGGAUAUUGCUGCUGUAAUAGAGACGACAGCCAAGUAUUUUGGAAAAAUUGACAUACUGGUGAACAAUGCAGGCAUCAACAUGAGGAAGUCGCUUGAGAAAUCCACUGCAGAGGACUACAAUCUCGUCUGGCAAACUAACUUUCGGGGUCCUUUCUGGAUGAUAAAAUACGCUGUGCCCUACUUGCGGCGAACGAAAGGCAGCAUCGUCAACGUUUCAAGCGUAGCAUCGACAAUUGCGGUUAACGUAGCGACACCUUACUGCGUGACAAAAGCAGCGUUGGAUCAUCUGUCACGAUGCGCGGCACUAGAGAAUGCGCCGUUCGGGGUGCGCGUGAACACCGUCAACCCAGCGGUCAUCAAAACACCUAUAGGAAAGCAGCCUGGGGACAGUCUGGAAGACCAUAUGCGGAUGCUGGAGUCAACGGGCCCCGCACACGCCUUGGGCAGACCAGGCACCGCGGACGAGGUUGCCUGUUGCAUCGCCUUCCUGGCCUCGGACGACGCCUCCUUCGUCACUGGAAUUACAAUGCCCGUCGAUGGCGGCAUGCAGCUGCUGUCGCCUCUUAAUCGUCGCGAUAACUGAAAGAAGACCCAGAGGUCAGCGCCACAGCAAGUCACAACACAUAGCCGGUGUUGGCCAGUGAUGCGCAAGGGAAGAGAAAUCGAUAUCAUUGUGAAUGCACUGGCGCAUGAUAUGAACACAUGUUCAUGAAAGACCAUUAUGGAGCAUAUGGAUAUACGCUUUCACACUAAUAAAUAUGUAUUGGCUGCA